AUGGACCCUCCACGCAUGGACGCCAUUCUCUCCACCGCGCCCGCUUCCCCAACCUGCGAGGUGCUGAGCCAGACCUCCGCCGCCGACACCGCCUCGACGACCAGCAUGCUUCCCCCACAACACUCCACCAUGGCUUCCCUGAGCUUUGGCCCGGCUACCCAACAGACGGUCACUACUGUGACUACUACCACGACCGUUUCCCUCCCUCCGCUGAUUAUGCGGCCGCCCAAGGAUCUUUUUGACCGCGACCCGAAACAGUACCCGCUCGCCUUCUCGCCCACACCCCACACGAUCAAACGCUUCUGCUUCGACGUGAAUGGCAGACCUACCGUAUUUCACGAAUCCGAGAACCCGGAGGAGACCACGCGGAGGUAUCACGAACUGCAGGCCAAGAUCCACCGAAAUCAUGGCCUCAUACGGCAGGAGGAUAAGCAGGAGAGCUACCAAACCCCUUAUGGUGAGCCGUACAUGCCCUCCAGUAAGAGCAUACAUAAUGUGCGUGCCUCGAGCGCGCUUAAGCGGACUGCGACUCCGCCAUCGAUAGCAGAGGCGGCGGAGCUAGCUAGCAUGCAAAGGAAGACGAAGAAGCAGCGAUCUCACCUACACAGAACGUACUCCGAGCAGGACGAGGAGCCUUCGAUUAACGACCGUAUCGCCGCAAGGGCUGCUCCCCCUGCGAGUCAACAUUCACCCGUCACGCCAGAUGUCCCACCGAACACGUCGGCUGCCAAAGCUGCGAUGCAGAAGAAAAUGCGAACCACAAGUAGGGCAUCGCAUUCCAGGAUUCGCGAGCUACAGGAUGAUCGAGAGGAUGUGGAUAUGGCGGACAGUGAACUGCCGGAUGCAGAUCCUCAACUUGGACCGCCCUUGUACAGCCACAGGAAGAGCAAGAACAGAGAUCAUGGCGGUGGCACUAAUGCUGGUGCGAUUGGGGCCGCCGCAACGCCGCCUAUCACGGACGCGGACAUGGAGCCUGUCGUCCACGAACAGGAGCCGCGGCGUCACAACCUGCCCAGCAUACUAACCGGCUCACAUCAGGAUGCAAGUUUGCCCAGCCCGAGUCUGUCACCCAUUACCGCAGCAGCCAAUCUUGCAUCACGACAGAACGCUUUUGAUCAUUCAUUUGCCGAGCAUAAUGACGAGAACAGAAGCGUUAUGUCCGGAAUGGAUCUGGAGGAGGAUGGUAGUAAGACUCAAAGCGCAAACUCCUUCGAUUCUCAACCAUCAAGGAGGUCCGGCAAAGCACCGCUCAAAUUCGCAAACGGAGCUCAGCGCUCGGCAACUUCACCCACUAUCAUGGACAUACCUACAAUGGUAGAAGCAUUCGACAGUAUGCCCGAAGCAAUGCAGACGUACCUGGUCUACCAAUUUUUACGCCGCUGCGCCAAGCCGACGCUUCAGAUGGUAGCAAAUGUCGUCAACCCUGCACUCAAAUGCGAUCCGUUCAGCGUCCUCCCACCUGAGCUUGGACUCAAUAUCACUCGCUUCCUCGACGCGCAGAGCAUGUGUCGUGCUGCCCAGGUUUCCAAGCGAUGGAGAAAGAACAUCAACUCCGACGAGAAGGCAUGGAAAGAUUUACUGAAGCGAGACGACUUUGUUCUUCCGAGCGGAGAGAUUGCGAGAGCAGUUCGUGAAGGCUGGGGCUGGCAACACCCGGGUGAGUCGGGGUAUGAAGAGGAUCUCAGCAAGCGACCCCUCAGCUGUCCAUCGGACACCGGAAACGACACGAUUGUUAGCGACGACGAUCUCACAGCUUCAUCAUCAUUCACAACGAGGGCGACAAAAAAGAAGUCUUUGGUCAAGUCGUCGGGUUCCAAGAAGUCGAAGCGUCGUCCAGCCCACGCUUCAUCCGCAAUCACGAAACCAACAGCACCCCCGAACAGCAAAUGGUUGGAGCUGCUCGGUACUGCCAAAGGUGCGAUCGCAUUUGCCACUGCCGCUGCGCAAGCUGUGCCUCAUCCAGGUAAUGGCCUGGAGAGUCUUCGCAACAUGCAUCUCUUCAAGUCACUAUAUCAACGCCAUUACCUCAUUCGCAAAGCUUGGAUGACGGAAGAAAGCCAGCCUCAACAUCUUGCGUUUCGCGCUCACCACAGGCAUGUGGUUACUUGCCUCUUGUUUGAUGGUGACAAGAUUCUCACCGGCAGUGAUGAUACCAAGAUCAACGUCUAUGACACCAAGACAGGUGCUCUUCGUAACCGCCUCGAAGGUCACGAAGGCGGUGUGUGGGCGCUGCAGUACGAGGGUGAUACUCUCGUCUCAGGAUCCACCGACCGCAGCGUGAGAGUUUGGGACAUCAAAAGCGGCAAGUGUCUGCAGACAUUCCAAGGUCACACGUCCACUGUGAGGUGUUUGGUUAUUUUGAAGCCUGUGCAGAUCGACACAGAGCCUGACGGCACCCCAGUUAUGAUGCCAAAGGAGCCUCUUAUCAUCACCGGUUCUCGUGACUCGACUCUUCGGGUGUGGAAGUUACCGCAGCCAGGCGACCGCCAAAUAUUCCAGGCUGGUCCUCCGGCAAAUGACCGAGACAACCCAUACUUCUUGCGAACCCUCUCCGGCCACCAUAACUCGGUGCGCGCAAUUGCUGCUCACGGCGACACACUCAUAUCCGGAUCGUACGAUUGCACUGUCCGCGUGUGGAAGAUUUCCACAGGCGAGCUUGUUCAUCGUCUUCAGGGUCACUCUCAGAAAGUGUACAGUGUUGUCUUGGACCAUGCCCGUGGGCGUUGCAUUUCCGGUUCGAUGGACAACCUUGUUAAAGUGUGGGAUCUUGCCUCCGGAGCUUGCCUUUUCACCCUAGAGGGACACACUUCCUUGGUCGGCCUUCUCGACCUCAGCCAUGAUCGCCUUGUGUCUGCCGCUGCGGAUAGCACUCUUCGCAUUUGGGACCCGGAAAACGGCACCUGCAAAUCUACUCUAUCCGCCCACACGGGCGCCAUCACCUGCUUCCAGCAUGAUGGGCAAAAGGUCAUCUCUGGCUCUGAUCGUACAUUGAAGAUGUGGAACGUGAAGACGGGAGAAUGCGUGCGGGAUUUGCUCACAGACCUGAGCGGUGUGUGGCAGGUCCUCGACUUUGGUGCCUCUCGCGAUGGCGUUCCCGAGAGUCAGCGCGGCCGUCGCGUUGUCGUUGACUGCCGCGGCAACGAGAUUGAAGACGUCGACACCAGCUCUAUCGAYCAGGAUGCUGCUGCUGCUGCGUAG